AUGGGAGGAACUUUCGCACUGGUCCACUACUACCAAAGGCUCUCUACUCGGCCAAACAAGAAGCCAUCCGGGAACGCAUUUUCCAAGGUUGAUUUCAGUCCUCGAGUGACUCGGAGCCAAGCUCGCCGCAACCUUCCCCAGCGUCCUGAAACACCCACUCGUGCUCCUAGAGGUGGAACGAACGUUUCAGAUGCUAUGGACAGUGUCAUGGACCUGUUGGAGGAUCUGAACCUUGACCCAGAUGCUCCAAACUACUCCUCAGGUUCAAGUCCACUCAGCACACUCUCCGGUCACUCACCCACCUCGGGAGAGAAUGCGAAGAAUGUUCAGACCGAGGAUGAACAGAUCGGCGAGUGGUCCCUCUAUCGGCAGCCUUUUGUGGUGAAAAAAGCCAACGACAAAGUCUACGAAGCACGCGUGGAUGGGCUCUUGCGAAUCAACCAAAAGAACACUCGAGCUAUCAUUGAAGUCAAGCCUUUCAUUCGGAAUGCGUCUCCAGAGAUCCUUGAUGGAAUUCGCAUGCAAGAAACAGCCCAGAUGGCGGCCUGGAUAGCCCAAGACCCUCCACCCCUGACUGGGCCCGCGUCCAAUAGAUUCACACGUCUCCUGGUCUCCCAGGAUCACGGCGAGAUCUACCUUAUCAUUGCAAGUUUCAACGCCGAGUACGUCGAGUAA